AUGGCGCUUCGCCGACAGGGCUCGCUGAUGGCGGAGUCCUCGGAAGAGCCUCGCGCCGCGCGAGGCGACGGCGACGAAUCCGACGACGACGGCGGCGUCGACGACGACGAUCUCGAGAACGCGCUCGACGGCGACUUCGCGUUACGACUGGCCGAGGAAGCGCACGCGGUGAAGACGCGCAAGCGCGAGGCGAAGGCGGCGUUCUGGCACGACGUCUUCGUCUUCUGGACGACGACGAUGAUCGUGGUGCCCGCGCUCGUGACCGUGUUCGCGGUCGCGAUCGGCGCGGCGCUCGCGGCGGCGGAGGGGUGGCCGUGGCAUGUUGGCGUUCUGUACGUCUUCUCGAUGCUGUGCGGGAUGCCAAACUCGCUCGCGGACGAGAACCCGGAGACAGACGCCGGGAAGGUGGCGGACGUCGUCGCCGCGUCGUGGGCGUGGGGGCUCCUCGGCGCGUUCAUCGGUCUCGUCGGAAACUUGAACUUCGUCAAUCGUCUCGUCGCCGCCGUGGAAGGAUUCCGCGUCGUCUGGAAUAAGGCGCGUUCUAUCGUACACUGGUCCCCAUACGACCCCGUCGGCGUGGUGAACGCCGAUCCUUAA